AUGAAUAGGAAAAUCGAAUCGAAGGGAGUACUCGCGAAGUGGGGCACGGCAGGUAUGGUCGCGGCAUCUAGGGUGAACCCAGAGCCGAAGGAGGGAACCUACAGGGAAAGACAGCGAGGCGGGAUGCUGCAAGCGUUGUCCGCGCCGCACAACGACAUGGAGCGCCAAACGGAUCCAACCAGCCGGGGACGCCAAUGGGCGGGCAUCAGGGGGAACGCUGGAAUGCCAACCAAGGGAAGCAGGCCAGCUUGUAAGCCGAUACCACCAGCAGGAGAGACCGGCAUGACGCACCCUACACGACACCGAAACACGCUGGGUGCUGGCCAGAGCACCCUUAACGUAGACCUCCCCCCUAGUGGCUAUAACGGAUUUGUAGUAGGCGCGGACUUCAGGAGCAAUGGCAGGGCAUUCCUGGACAAAGUGAAAGCGGAUUUCAGGAAUAUGCGCGCGUUUCCAGUGCCGACGGCAGCCCUUGUAGGUUGCAGAGCAGUUCUUGCUCUUGUCAUAAGGUCAUCUCUCAACAUGUUUCCAAACGUCGGUAGCACGCCUCCCUCCCUUCUUUUGAGCUGA